UUGUCUUCUUCGUGUCCAUGCCCUUGUCCUUGUGACUUGUGAGAGAGAUCGAACUUUCUCUUCUCGGGUUUAUUUGUGUGUGUAUCAUCGUGUAAUACCAGUGAAAGACCUAAAUUUGAUAUUUGGAGCUCCAUCAAUGGCUUCAUUGCUAGCUCGCAGGUCGCUCAAUGCUCUCCGCGCCCGACAUCUCGUUUUUUCAGGGCAGGGACCUCAUCUCUCUGCGCUACAAUCCCGUGCUAUAUCGUAUGGCACUAAUAAAGAUGAUGAAGAAGCUGAGCAACUUGCUAAGGAGAUCUCCAAGGACUGGAGCACUGUCUUUGAGCGGAGCAUGAACACCCUAUUUCUCACUGAAAUGGUCCGGGGUUUGUCGCUGACUCUCAAGUACUUCUUUGAUCCAAAAGUUACUAUCAAUUAUCCUUUUGAAAAGGGUCCAUUGAGCCCUCGCUUCCGUGGUGAGCACGCUCUUAGAAGGUAUCCAACUGGGGAAGAACGCUGCAUUGCUUGCAAACUCUGUGAAGCUGUAUGUCCAGCUCAAGCAAUCACCAUAGAAGCAGAGGAGAGGGAAGAUGGAAGCCGCAGAACCACCAGGUAUGAUAUCGACAUGACAAAAUGCAUCUACUGUGGUUUUUGCCAAGAAGCUUGCCCUGUUGAUGCAAUCGUCGAAGGACCCAACUUUGAGUUUGCAACCGAGACUCACGAGGAGCUUCUGUAUGACAAAGAGAAACUUCUUGAGAAUGGAGAUCGGUGGGAGACAGAGAUUGCCGAGAAUCUGAAGUCGGAGAGCCUCUACCGCUGAACAAAAAAUUUAAAGGUCUGUUGCCUAAUUUAUUCAGAAAAUGUUUUGGUUUAAAAUAAAAUGCUUCAGCUUUUGCACUCUUACUGGCUUUUGCUGUAUUUCUCUGAUUGUAAGUCCAUACUCAUGUGAAAACUGGGUUUGGUUUUGUUUCCGGUUUAAGUUGGACCAUAAAAUUAUAGUUUCAUGGAGUUGUUUGUUA